AUGGCCAUGAAACGAAAGGCCUCAGUGGAGGGGCUUAUAACCCCCAAGCGACACCAGAAGCAGAAUGUCCUGGACAAUUCUGACAUGAUAUAUGAGGAGACUCACUCCGAUGCCGAGUACUCGGCUCCGGGUACUCCAAGCGUAAUGAGUGAAGACAUGGACGGCUCCCCGGCGACACCAUUCUCGGCUACCUCUUCCCGACAGAGAUACCCAUCCGAGCUCAAGACCCUAUGUUGCACGUUCGAGGGUUGCGAUAAGGCAUUCAAUCGUCCUGCUAGACUCCAGGAGCAUAUCCGAUCACACAACAAUGAAAGAAUCUUUAAGUGUGAGUUUGAGGGCUGCGACAAGACAUUCUUACGCCCUACCCAUCUUCAACACCAUGUCAAGAGUGCCCAUACAGGUGUUCGAGACUAUGUUUGCGACUACCCUGGGUGUGAAAAGAGCUUUGUGAAUGGGGCACGACUUCGCCGUCAUGUCGCUACCCACGAUGGACAUGACAAGUACCGCUGUACAGAGUACCCACCUUGCAACGAGACAUUCCGGAAACACUCGACACUGCAAAAACAUAUUACGGUUGUGCAUUUGGGCGAAAAGCCUUUCCCAUGUCCCUACGUGGAUCCAACCACCAACGAGAAAUGCAAGAUGGCUUUUGACAAAGCUGGUAAUUUACGGACCCACCAGAGCAGAGUCCAUUCCGAGAAGCGAUUUACUUGUGCAGAAUGUGCCGAAAAGAUGGAAACCAAAUCAUCAGAUAUGGGCGACGACAAUGCAAGCCAGGAUGUAUCGUUCCCCUCGUAUGCCAGUUUACAAAGCCACAUUCGGAUUGUUCACCCUCCCAAAUGCCCCGAGUGUCCAUUAGUCUGCUCCACAGCACGGGGACUACGGCGCCACCUCGAGAUUGCCCAUGGCAACGUCACUCUCGAAGAACGAAAGAUAUUCCCCUGCACAGUCCCCGGCUGCGGACGCAGCUUCACCAAGCAAGGCAACUUGACUGUUCAUGUCCGCACCGUGCACGACGGCGAAAAACGGUUCGUCUGCGGCGAGACAGAUCUCUCAACCUCCAAGAAAGUAGACGGAUGGGACGGUGUCGGCUGCGGCAAGCGCUACGGCAACAAGUUGACACUCGAAGAUCACAUCCGCACUGCACACCUGGGACUCCCGAAUGCCAGGAAACGACGCCAAGAAAAGCUGAGCAAAAAGCCGGCACAGAAUACCGUUUCCACUCUUUCCGCGCUCACGGGCCAAGGCUACGCCGAGGAAACAGGACGCCAGAUCGCUUGCUUUUUCGCCGAGUCGUGCCCACACCGUUUCCAUCGCAACUACGAUUUGUGGGUACACAUGACUACUAAACAUCACUGCAAUGAGGACGAGGUGCAAAACCUCUUCAUGCAGCGCGCAUUGCUUACCGAUGAAUCCGGCCCUGGGGGUAACUCCAAUUCACUGGGUAUCUAUGGUCUUGGAUAUGAUCAGGAUGGCCAGUUCUACCACCAACAAUCAUACACAGCCGGAGAUCACUCGUCAGAUAUUGCUUUUGGGUCACAGUCGAACGAUUCGUCCUAUCUCCCUACGCAGCCAGGAUUGGAUUCUGAUUAUUUGAUGCAUGAUUUUCCAGCGAGUGCAGCCGGCGACAUUGAUUCUAUGAUACCCAGCCAUAACCAGAUGGCAUUGGUUGACCCUGUUGAUGGUUACCAUGCGAUGGAACAGUAA